CUCAAAUGCAAUGGAGUCCUUGAGGGUAUUCGUAUCUGCCGACAGGGCUUUCCCUCUAGAGUACCAUUUCAAGAAUUCCGCCAGCGCUACGAAAUCCUGACACCGGACCUUAUUUCCAAGGGUUACAUGGACGGUCGCAAAGCUGCCGAAUUGAUGGUGCAGCGUUUGGAACUUAGUCCUGAACUAUAUCGUAUCGGACAAAGCAAAAUCUUUUUCAAGGCAGGUGUUCUCGCUCAACUUGAAGAGGAUCGUGAUCUUCGUUUGACGGCGAUCAUGAUCAACUUCCAGGCUCAUUGUCGUUGCUAUCUUGCGAAGAAGGCGGUUCAGCAGCGUAUCCAGGAUAUCCAGGCGAUUCGUAUCAUUCAGCGUAACUGCGUGGCGUACUUGAAGCUUCGUAAUUGGCCAUGGUGGCGUCUCUUCACCAAAGUUCGGCCUCUUCUUAGUGUUACACGACAGGAGGAGAUUGUUGCAGCCAAGGAGGAGGAACUUCGAAUGGUCUGUUAG